CGUCGAAUUUUAAAUGGUUUAACAGGUUCAGUAAAAAGAGGUGAAAUGGUCGCAAUUCUUGGUGCAAGUGGAGCGGGAAAAACAACUUUACUCAACGCUCUUUCUGCACGUCUCGAAAGUGUGGGAAAAUUAAACGGUUCCGUACAUUACAAGGGAAAGCCAAGAGAUCCAGCAACUUGGAAGCGUGUGGUGGGAUACGUUGAACAGGAUGAUUUGCAAAUCGGAUGCUUAACCGUACGGGAAACAUUAUCCUAUGCUGCACGUUUACGGUUACCAGAUCGAUUGUUCACCCGAAAGGAAAAAGAAGAUCGUGUUGAUGAAACGAUCGGGAUGCUUCGAUUGGAAAAAUGUCAAAAUACACGAAUGGGCGGUCCAGGUCAAAGAGGUGUCUCGGGUGGAGAACGAAAAAGAACUUCGAUUGGAACAGAAUUGGUGAGCGACGUAAGUCUUCUUUUGCUCGAUGAACCUACUUCGGGUUUAGAUGCUUUUGCUGCUUGGAGUGUAGUGGAAAAUCUUCGAGAUAUCUCACGCGAACGUAAUCUAGCUUGUUUGAUGACGAUUCAUCAACCGAGUUACAGAAUGUUUUGUCAAUUCGAUCGGGUAAUCUUAUUGGCACGUGGAACGGUAUUUUAUGAAGGUGUACCGCAAGAUGCAAUUCCAUACUUUGAAUCGCUCGGAUACAAAGUACCCGAAGGAAUGAACCCUGCCGAUUACCUCUUGGAUAUUUCACAAAAUUUGGAAAAGAGUGAUGAAGCAGAAGAUAGAAUUGAAGCGCUAUUAAAAGCAUGGCAUCAAAACAGUCGUCGUUCAAGCCUGGUCAAAGAUGAACAACAUGAGGAUGCAUAUAAGACUUGGCCAUCAAAUUGGCUCAAAGAAUUGUACAUUCUCACAGAACGGACAAUGAUUGAAACGUUACGCAAUCCUGUUCUGUUAUUCGGUGCUUUAGGUCAAACAGUUGUCCUGCUUAUCAUUAUCGGAUUUGCCUUCUUCCGCUUAGGGUACGAUCAGCCGGAUGUGAUUGCACGAAUUGGUAUUCUCUUCUUCAUUCCGGUCAAUGCAAGUUUUGCUGUGUUAUUUCCUAUCAUCAAUGUUUUCCCUUUAAGCCGUCAAAUUAUGCGAAGAGAACGAUUUGCAGGCUUAUACCGCACAAGUAGCUUUUAUCUUGCACGAAUGAUCGUCGAAGUACCAAGUCAGAUCUUGCAACGAAUCUUAUUUUAUGUCAUCCUUUAUUGGAUGGUAGGCCUUCAAGCAUCUGCAGCACGCUUUUUCAUCUUCCUUGGAGUUAAUCAAAUUCAAAUUUUAACGUCAAUAGGAAUGGGAUUUUGCAUCGGAGCCGUAAGUCCGACUGUGGAAAUUGGUAGCAUCAUUGCACCAGCAUUAAAUGUCAUCUUUUUCCUGUUUGGUGGUAAUCUAUUACCCAAACCACCACCGUGGUUCGUUUGGCUUCGUUGGAUUAGUCCCAUCACUUAUUCCUAUCUUGCUAUCGGACAGAAUGAGUUUAAAGGGGAAGUAUAUAAUUGUAAUGGUGUCUCAAACGGAGGAACGUGCUAUCGAACAGGAGAAGAUGUUAUGCAACAGUACAACCUUCAAAGUUUCACAAUUGCGGAAUGUGUCGGGUUCUUGUUUGCCAUCUACUUUGUGUUCUCAUCUUUGGGUUAUCUGUUGUUGCGAUUCUCUGCACAUCCAAAGUUCCGCUUCAAGUAAAUAUUCUCUGUAAAUAGACUUAAAUGAAUAUCAUUUUUCCUCUGCAUC